CUGAGAAUCUUAAUUAUACAAAACGGCUCUCCUGCUGCGCUUCUCCUCUUUUCCGCAUCGCUUUACUACAGUACCGCUCUGCUGGAGAUGUGGCUAAGAUGACCUUUACCCACUUUGCCGCCAGAAUGCUACAAGCAAACAGCUUUACAGAUGUGAGCGAGAAGCUUUCUGUAUAUACGCUGAGGAGAGCUUGGUCUCUGGUGGAGGGAGAGGCUUUUGCCAAGGGAGAACAAUAUCCUGCAGUUAUCAAAGUGCUCAAACAACAUGCUUUUAUUGAUGCAGUGCAGUCCAAAAUGCUUUUUUUUGUGCAUGUGGGAAAAAAGCCAAGGCCUCUGGCACAGCUACUAAUGCCCCUGGUUCCCAUUCGAGUGUACAGUUUCCACAAACCCACUCUGCAGGCGUCCAUCCUCACAGGUCAAGUUUAUCAUAUUAGAGUUAAACAAUUUAUAUCCAUAUUUCUCAUUUUACUGUAA